UUUGACAUUCGGGAAUAUAAACAACAGAGAACAUUUACAUUCUCUGUUGUGUAAGAAACCGGAUUUCAUAGCAAAGAUAGAGUUGUUAGGUAGCUUAUUGCGGUCGUAUACAAGUUGUGUGCAUCUGCUAGUUUCGUUUGAUUGACAAUAGAUGUUAGAACCUUCUUAGUUAAACAAUGGCUAAAAGAUAGUGGUGGAUUGCUUACAUGCACAUAAUUGUUAAUAAAAAGUCGCUACCUGACAACGCUAAUGCAUUUUGGAUCUCAGCUGACGCUUAAAUCAGUAUUAAUAUCAGUGUUAAUUCUAGCAUAUACUGCUGAAUAGAACCGGCUUAUUAUUAGAAAUAACAUUGACUAGUUAGCAUUCACCUGCAUAAAAAGAACAGCAUACAUAUAUAUAUGUAUAUGUAUGUACAUCUUAAAUCAAAAAUGUUACAUUGAAUAAUUUUUAGAACAAUUGUAAAAGUCAGCGCGACGUCAUUAUAUUAUACAUAUAUCGAAAGUACUUAAUUAGCAGUUGAGCAUACAUGCAAUCAUAACAUAAAAAGGUGUGAAAAUGUGUCACAAACAACUAUUAAUACUCAUGCUUCUAAGUCAAUUCACGAAUUUUUCUGUGCACGCGGAGAUUUCACACGGAUCUGUUAGACAUUCGGGGAAAACAUCUCUACCAAAUUUACCAGUAGAUCAUUUAAUACGAUACCUUAAUACUUUUCCAAAAGUACGUGAACAAUGUGCGGAGAAUGAAGAGUGUCUGCGUGCGAUUAGUUUUAACGCCUCCGCCAAUAGUUCGGAUGACGCCACAUCAUCACCCGCAUCAGUUGCGUCAGCAAUAACGCUCAAAUCUACGGCUUGUUGGGGCCAUGAACUUGACUGUAACGAGAAUGAACGAUUUCAAACGCCCACCUGUCCAGGUGAACACAGUGGUUGGGUAAAAAAUAAAGCUGAGCAAAUCAAAACAUUCUACUAUCAAGCGGAUUUUGGCUAUAUACAAAAUCAAAUCAACGAAUUGGCUCUUAUAUGUGAACCACGCUAUAUCACUGAUUCAUCAUUGGAAUGUAGCAAAUAUUUACGAUUUUGUCGAGGUCGAAAUUUGCUUUUUGACUUUCGGGAACUAGGACAACGCAAGGAAUUGAUCCGAUAUCAUAUGGAUGUGCUGAAACCCCAACAGCUAUUGGGUCAUUGUCAGUUGAAUAGAACGCGUUUAAAUGAAGAAUUAGAUCAUAUGGGUGCUUUACAAUCCUGGGCGCCAGAGCUACGUAAUUUCGAUGAAAUAGCAAAGCCGUUAAUGGCAAGUGGUGUGUGUGACUUGGUAGUUGAUACACCCACUUUUAUUAUGAAAAUCGAUGCUACUUAUAAUAUGUACCAUCAUUUUUGUGAUUUCUUUAAUUUAUACGCGACGCUAUUUGUAAAUCAGUCACACCCAUUGGCAUUUCAUACGGAUGUACGUAUACUGAUUUGGGAAACAUAUCCUUAUGAUUCGCCUUUCGCUGAGACAUUCAAGGCGUUUUCUGAUCAUCCCGUGUGGACAUUGAAUGAGGUAAAAGAUAAACGUGUCUGUUUUAGAAAUUUGGUUUUACCUCUAUUACCGCGCAUGAUAUUUGGUCUAUUCUAUAAUACACCACUGAUUCAUGGCUGCCAAGGUAGUGGUCUAUUUCGUGCAUUUUCCGAAUUCAUACUACAUCGUAUGCAAAUACCAUACCAGCAGCCGACACCCGAGGCUAAAUUACGUAUAACAUUUCUAUCUCGACGCACAAAAUAUAGACAAGUCUUAAAUGAAGAACAACUGCUCUCAGAAAUUGGCGCAAAUAGCAGCUACCAUAUACAACAAAUUUCCUUCGAAAGAGGACUUUCAUUCAAUCAGCAAUUAGCAAUAACACGGAAUACAGAUAUACUUAUUGGCAUGCAUGGUGCUGGACUAACUCAUCUGCUCUUCUUGCCGAAUUGGGCGACAAUAUUUGAAUUAUAUAAUUGUCAAGAUCCUAAUUGUUAUAAGGAUUUGGCACGAUUACGUGGUAUUAACUAUAUAACUUGGGAACGUGAUGAAUUACUUUAUCCACAGGAUGAGGGUCAUCAUCCUCAAGGUGGCGCACAUGCGAAAUUCACCAAUUAUCGUUUUGACCCAAAAGAAUUCAUACGGCUGGUAGCUAAAGCAGCUGAUUUGGUACAUAAACACAAUGAUUUCCAAAAAUUUCAAACACAAAAAAUUCAAAAAAAUGUUAAUACCAACACUAAUAUGAAAGGUCAGAUUUUACAAGCUAAAGAAGAACUUUAAGCAUUUAAGCAGUAUUUUUUUUUAAAUCUACAUUAUAAUUGUGAUCUUGAUCAGUUUUAUUACAUAGGUGGUAAUAUUAUUCAAAUAAUUAGUUUUUUACGCUUUUUCAUUAAAAUAAAGGUUUCUUUUAGCUAUUUUAUUAAAA